AUGAUGAAGCAGCAGCAACAACAACGACCCCUCGCGACUUCGGCCGUGCCUCCUCCGAGUCUAUUGUCUCAAGUUGGCAUGGCUGGUUCCGCAGCCGUCAUUACAGUCUCUUUCAUUCAUCCCAUUGACGUUGUCAAGACGCGCAUUCAAAUUUCUGCCGAAUACGGAAACAUGGGUAUGUUUGGUACGAUCAAGAGUGUGGUCGGCGAAGAAGGUGUUCUCGGUUUGUGGAAGGGAGUCAACGCGGCCUGGCUGCGGGAAGCAUCCUAUACCUCGCUCCGCCUCGGUCUUUACGAACCCAUCAAGGUGGUCUUUGGAGCCGCCGACCCGGAGACGGCUACCUUUAUGAAAAAAUUCUUGGCCGGUAGUGCCGCGGGUGCGAUUGGUUCAAUAGCGGGCAAUCCCUUUGAUGUCCUCAAAACAAAAAUGAUGGCAUCCAAGGGCAAGCAAGUUCCUUCCAUGGUCAAGACGGCCAAGGAUCUCUACGCCAACCAGGGAGUUGGUGGAUUUUACCGUGGUAUCGACUCGAACAUUGUGCGUGCCAUGGUUCUGAACGGAACCAAGAUGGGGGUUUACGAUCAAUCCAAAGGCUACGUCGUUGCCGCCACCGGUCUCGCCAAGACCUCGCUCACCACACAGUUCCUGUCCGCCGUCACGGCCGGCUUCUUCAUGACCUGCACCGUCUCUCCUUUUGAUAUGAUCCGAACCCGACUGAUGAACCAGCCAUCCGAUGCCAAGAUCUACAACAACGCCUUGGACUGUAUGAUCAAGAUUGCCAAGAACGAAGGACCCUUGACCUUCUGGCGAGGAUUCAUGCCCAUCUGGUCGCGAUUCGCCCCCACCACAACCCUGCAGCUCGUCAUUUUCGAACAGCUACGUGGCAUGAUGGGCAUGAAGGCUCUCUAA